GAUGCUGGUGGUAGCGAUGGUUCUAGUAGUGAGGAUGCUGCUAAUGGUGGGGUUUCUACUGCUGGUGGCAUUGGCUGUUUUGGCUCGGGGCAGAGCAGCGGGCGGGAGAUGGGUGGCAAAAGUGGACCUUUAGACAACUUCUGCGAAGCGAGCUUCAGAUACAGCCUGUCCCAGGAUGAGCCGCGCUUUUCCGGCUCACCAGUAGCAGGAGUCAUUCUCCCCCCGCUGGUGCUCACAGGGCCGGGCUGUGCCAAUGUGAGCUACGCCAGAGCACUGGCAGCAGGCUUUGCCAACACUCUCCCCCAACCAUGCCUUGUGGCCGACCUUGCUCAUCUCCCCCCGCUGGUGCUCACAGGGCCGGGCUUUGCCGAUGUGAGCUAUGCCAGGGCGCUCGCUGCAGGCUUUGCCGACACACUCCCCCAGCCGUGCCUCGUGGGCGACCACGCCCAGUGCCUGCACGCGCUCUUCGCUCCCAUCAACCAAUCAGACGACCUCUCAGACACCUCCACCAAUCACGUCGCGCCAGUCGACCCCUCCUCCGUCUCCUCCCUCGCCCCCUCCACGCCUCCACGCCCCAAGUCCCCUCAAUUCCACCCCAAAUCCCCGCAAUUCCGCUCCAAAGCCGCGCUCGCCCUCGCCAAGCCUGAGGACGCCGCCGCUUUGCUAAAAGAAAUGCUUAGCGGGCGGGAGGUGAUGGUGGUGGAUGACAACGCGGUGAACCGCAUGGUGGCGAGGAAGACGCUGCAGGGGCUGGGGGCGAAGGUGGAGCUUGUAGAGAGCGGAGAGAAGGCAUUGGAAAGACUAAGCUCCUCGAAUGCGUUCGCAGUACUUCUGAUUGAUCUGCACAUGCCGCCUGGCAUUGACGGGUACGAGACGGCUCGGCGCAUUCGCGCUCAGCAACUGAUCUUUGCACUGACAGCAGACGUGGACACGCGGGUUCGGCAGGCGUGCAAGGAGGCGGGCAUGGACGGUACUCUCUCCAAGCCCAUCGCACAUCAAGAGCUGCUUUCGGCGAUCAAAGCAGCUGGAGUCACUCUGCUUUGA